UUGUUGACAUGUUUCUCAUCUUUUUAGCAACAUGAAAUGGUCAUCACAAGCAUCCUUGCUGUAUAUUUUGAUAGCAAUUUCUUUAAUCUCAUAUGUCCUAUUCUUGGUUGGUUUCUUUCCAUUGAAACAAAUUGUUGACACCAAGGCUACACUGAAAAAUUACACGUUAAACACACACACAAUUUCCCAACCAUCAAAUCAGGAAACUAAGGUUGUGAUAGUUUUGAUUGAUGCCUUGAGGUCAGAUUUUGUGUCUGAGGAUAGAUUUAUGCCAUUCGUACAUGAGACAUUACUGACUUGCAAUGGUCGAAAGUAUAUUGUGAAAGCACAUCCACCUACAGUGACGCUACCUCGGAUAAAGGCUCUUACAUCUGGCAGUAUUCCUGGCUUUGUAGAUGUUGUCCUCAACUUUGACUCCAGAAGCUUGACAGAAGAUAACAUUAUUUCUCAAGCAUUUGAUCAUGGAAAGAAGAUCGUUUUCUAUGGAGAUGAUACCUGGAUUAAACUUUUCCCAGAACAUUUCAUUAGAUCCGAAGGAACCACUUCAUUCUUUGUCACAGAUUAUACUGAGGUAGAUGACAAUGUAACAAGACAUCUCGAUGAUGAGCUCAAAGCUGAUGACUGGGACAUGAUGAUCUUGCACUACCUUGGUUUAGAUCAUAUAGGCCACACUGUUGGCCCAGCUAGUCCCUUGGUGGCCCCUAAACUGCAAGAGAUGGAUAAGAUCAUACAGAAUAUAUACACCAGUCUUGAAAAGAAAGGUUCAGAUUUCCUGGUGCUUGUAUGUGGAGACCACGGUAUGUCUGACCAGGGAAGCCAUGGUGGGGCCUCAGACAGGGAGGUCCUUGUCCCUGCUGUGUUCCUCAGUCCACUCUACAAAAACCAUAAGGAGAUGUGGAGAGCCCAGCACCAGCUGUUACAAGUGGACCUGGCCCCAACUCUGUCUGUCCUGUUGGGUCUGCCCCCUCCCUCUAACAGCCUUGGUCAGCUAUUGGUCAGUGUCUUUGAUGGAUUCACUGACCAACAGAAACUGGACAGUCUGUACGUCAACUUACAGCAGGUCAUAAGACUUAUGGAGCAAAGUGUGGAGGACAUAGAAAAAGAGUCCAGCUAUGAGCUAGCCCAGUAUGCCAUACAACAGCAUGAUAACUACUUGACCACUGGUCAGCCUGAACCAAGCCACAUCUUCAGGAGCUAUGAGAUGGCCCUGGACAGAAUGACCAGUAGGAUAGCUGGCUCGCUGACCACUUAUGACCAUUAUGCUAUGCUGUUGGCUGUCAUUAUUUCAUUCAUGGCACUCAAUUUAUCAUUAUGCUUGACAACCUCUUCCAGAGUUGAAACCAAAAUUACUGUGUCAGUGAUUGGUGGAAUUUGCCUGUCAAUCAUCCUGUUGUUUGGUCACAUGACUGCUUGUACCAGCCAAUCAUUUCACAGUGCUGUCCUUUGUGGGUGGAGCAUCAAGUCUUUGGCUUUGCAGAUGGUGUUACUGGCUUCUGUGAUAUUCCUAUGUUUUAAUAUUUUGGCAAACUUUAAACAGAUUUUGACAAGAUUGAAAAUGCUGUCACCCAAAACAAGUUUGGAACGUCUAUUACUGUAUGGCACCCUAUUCCAUAGUCUCAGUUUCGGUUCUAGUAGUUUUGUUGAGGAGGAACACCAAACAUGGUACUUUCUGACCAUGACCUUCUAUCUGGUUGCCUUGGUGACUGAGGUCAAAGGUCAUAUCAUUAAUGUUGUGGGUAAAAAGACAGAUAUUUUAGUUGAAAUAGCAAAAUAUGAUGAUGCUAGAAAUAGUGUGAACUCUGAUGAGGCAAACGUUUUGAAUGUUAGUAAUAGCAAUGGGUUAUUUAACAAAAAAACGAAAACAAACUGCGAACAAAAAGUAUUUGAUGAACAAAACCAUCUGAGCUUUGAACAAACAUCAAUGCAAAAGAGUCCAUGUGAAAUAAAGAAUCAUAGAAAACAAAUACCAUUUUAUCAGUUGUUGCCAUGGAAGCUGAUAGUAGGCAUAGCAACAGUGAUGUUGCUAGGCAGAUUGCUAAGGAUUCUAAACCAGACUGGUAACAAGUGGCUGGAUGUACCAGAUGUUGGAGACUGGUUGCUAAGCCCUGAGAACAAAUCAACCCUUUCUGUCUCAGUUGUCGGGUCUCUAGUCAUCAUUUUCCUGUGCAUAAUACUCACUGGUGGAGUUGCCAUGCUGGAGUCAGUAUUCUUUACUGUUGGACUUGUACUAGUUUACUUGUAUAGAGUCAACAGUGGGGAAAUACUUGGUGUUUCAGAAUUGCUGAAUGCUCAUGACAAUACCAAGUCACAUGGUAUAUUUGAGGCCCGGCUUGUGUACGCUGUGAUACUUUUAAUGAAUCUCAUCUCCGUUUACAAAAACAUUUCUCAUCAUUAUACGAACAAACAUUCCACAUUUGAACAUCACAAAGAAGCUACACGUGAUCAAAAUAGUGCCGCUACUAGUAAAUGCCAAGUGCCAUAUUCCCUUACUCCCAUUAAAACACUCCAUCUUUCAUGGAUAUUGCUUAUGCUCCUGUUGCUAAGAACGCAUAACACCAUGUUGGUUGCCAUGGUGACGCUACAGGAGUGUCUGCUAUGGAAAGACGUCAUAAGGCGAGUUGGACUUUCCCCGGGGUACCUUGCCCUGCUAUGCUGGUGGAUGGGACAGGCAGUGUUUUUCCAACAGGGCAACUCUAAUAGUCUUUCUACGGUUGACGUCUCGGCAGGCUAUGUCGGACUAGCCGGGUAUCAGUCGACCGUUGUUGGGGUGCUGCUGUUUUGUUCCACGUAUGCCGGGCCCGGCUUCUGGCUCAUAGCGCUGGUUAAAUACCAUCUGGAGCUGGGUCAAACACAAACCACAGACAAAGCCGACACCGACACAAUAAACCAUCAAUACCCAUCCCCAACCCCGCGCUUCGCCCUUCUGACCAGCGUCCACUCCCUACUCACGGAGCGACUGGUCACUCUGCUGUUCUACUGUGUCGUGGUCAGCUCCCAGCGCUAUCACCUGUUUGUGUGGACAGUGUUCUCGCCAAAGCUGCUGUAUGAAGGGAUGCUGACCCUCGUUUUUGUGGUGUUCGCCUUAGCUGUGUCUGCCAUCGGGCCAUAAUUUCUCGAAAGUUAUUAAGCGUAACACGCUUAAAGUGGCACUCUUAAUUAAAAUCGAUACAAAUGUCUUACAAACAUAAAUUUUGAGUGAUACACCUUUAACUACUUCGUACAAACUAAAUAAUGCAUUUACGGAUUUUUUUUACUGAUAACAAGACUGAAACCGUGUAUUUGAUAGCUGAAAAUGCACAGAUAUUAAAUGACUGGUGUGUCCUAAAAGAUUUACAGUGACUGAUCAACUAUAGUCUCAUAAGGUAGAAAUACCGUGUUUGUUGCACCUUUCUUUCAAAUUAUACACAAUAUCCUCCAUAAGAACCAUUGUUUUCAAUAUGUAUCCAUCAUUUGAGGUAAAUUAAAAGAAUGUAUUCUUUGUUGUACAUCUUAUUUGGGAGUAAGAGUGCAUCUUUAAGUAGCUUAUAUCAUUAAGCCAAAUUUCAUAGUUAAUCUUGAUUUUACUUAAUAGAAAAUAGUUUAUUGUGAUUAUCAUAAAGAUAUUUCCCUUUUAAAGUCCAAUAACUCUUAAGAAUGUGAAUAUUACACAAAUUAUACCGAAACAAAAAUAGUGAGCUAAGCUUAAUCCUGUCAUAAAGGACUUGAGAAAUUGGGGCCUGUCUGAUGAUAACUUCAUAAGGGCAGCUCCAAAAUAUACAGAUAAUCAAGGACAAAACAACCAUGUUGACAACAACGACACCUGUUGCUGUAGUAUGUACUACGCAAAAAUAACAAGCUCUUUCGGCAGCAUUAUCUUCAUUUAUACACCUAUAGCAAAGGUAAAGGGAGAUGUACAGACAUUACGCAUGAUGAGCCCGAUUGUCAUUAUUUUAAAGCUGGACUCUCACAGAUUGAACAUUUUGACAAUUGUUUUAUUUUUUGUCUUGGAACGAGCCAGUUUAUGCGAAAACCCAUGGAAACCAGUGAUAUAAGACUGCCGACGAACAAUCAGAUCUCAUAUUUUUAUAUUAAAAUUUAAAACAUGAUGUUUUAUGCAUUAUUUUUAAAGGGACUGUACUCCGAAUGAUGAAAUAGCGAAAAAAGAAAAGAAUAGAAAAUGGUCGAAAACUGACAUAAUCUUGGUAUCGAUGUGUACAAUGCAUUGAAACUUACUAACUAAAGUACCACAUAGUUUACAAUUAAUUUAUUUGUCGCAGUGUUUUCGUAUUUUUCCAUUAAAACAGAUUACUGUGUAUGUCUACCUAGUAUAAUUCAAUCCUUAUGCGUGAUUGGCUAGUCGAUGUUAUCACGUGAUAUAACCGAGUUAGGUGUAUAGCUUAAUUAUAUCACCCGUCUAGAAAAAGCCUUCGUAGCUCAGUGGAUACAACGCUGGACUGUAAUUUUGGCGACACCGGUCUUCGACACAUUUUUUUUUUAAUUUUGGUAUUCUUUUUUACAAUUAUGAUAUCAACGAGUAAAGCAUUUUAUUAAAUAAUUGUCCUGAGAUUCGUUAUAGAAAAAAACUUUUUUUGGUGCCAAUCUGGUGUACAGUCCCUUUAAACCGUUAGUAACGCUUUUAGCAAUAAAACAUUAUUUUUCCAACUUAAAUAUGGAAAUCUGCGAUCUGGUCUUUUGUCAGCAGUCUUAUAUCACUGCUUUGCAGAUAUUUACGCAAGUUUUCGCUUUUUCGAAGACAAAAAAUAAAACAGUUGUCAAAAUGGUAAAUAUGUGGGAGUGCAGCUUUAAAAAGAACUCUUAAUGGACAACAGCCCUUUUCGAAACGGGUGUUUAAAAGAACAUGCUCGAUCUCUAGUUAUGAAAUUGAGUGGCUUUUUUAUUCAGGGACACCUUUUAAUAUUUUGGACUUAAAAAAUCCACAUUGACUCAAACAGUGAGUGCCAACGAAGUGUCAUACACUGCUCCAUUUAAUCAGAUAUUCGAACUUGCGUUCUGUAUUGACAUAUCAUAUUUACUUAUAAAUGAACAUUGACUUUUGGUUGUUAAAUAUAUCAGAAUCAUUUAAAACAAAUUGAAUAUGAUUCGAAGAUGCUUUUACAAACAUGUUGUACAAGGGUAUGAAUAGUAAAAUAUUAAUGGAAUGGAAUAAAUAUUAAAUUAAGUUUCUGCAUUAUUUUUGAUAAUUAUUGUGUACUAUGCCAUAUAAAAACAAACUGUUGAUACAAAUAUACUAAGACUAUAAAUUUAAAAAUAUAUAAACAUGUAAAUGAG